AUGAUGUUUUGUGAGUCUCAGUGUAGAUCACUGUCAGACCAGGUUGUUAUCUCAAUGAGAGUUUCAGCCUUGAGGAGACUUCGCAUCACUCUCAUGCUGAGCUCUAGAUCAGGACAUGCUUUUCCUUCACCAAGGCUGAAAACAUCUUUUCGAAGAAUCUGUGGCCUCAGCAUUUUUGAGACCACCGCUUCGGGUAACGCACAGUGGCUAUAUAAAGCCCCUCAAGUUCAACUUAUAAGUCAUCUUGCAUCUUUAUUACUCACCUGUCAUCUCUCCGUCCUUUCUUCACUGACCAACCGAGGCGCAGUAACACAUCAUACAAUGUCCGCUGCUAAGUGUUUGGUGUCUCUGAUGGUAGUGCUGGUGGCUACAGUGUGUGUGGUUCAUGCCCAGGAGAGGAUUAAGAUGUGUGGGAGAGAGCUGAUACGUCUGGCCGUCUCAUCCUGUGGUAACUCUCGGCUAAGGAGAAGCACCCUGGACGUGGAACAGGGGCAGCAUCAAUACACUUCUCACUGGGACCAGGACGCCUCCACAGACGAGCACCUGGCCACAGAGACGGUCCAUACUGCUCCAGAGUCUGACGAGGAGAACGAUGUCUUCUCCUCGGCUCCUCACUGGUACCCUCUGUCCUCUCGGAUUAGACGAGCUGCGGGAAAAAUAUCUGACAUUUGCUGUGAGAAAGGAUGCAGUAUGAAAGAGUUGAUCCAGUUUUGCUAGAUAUAGCUCCCUACUUGUCGUUUUGAUCUGUGCUCCAAGUUUGUUCAAAGGAGCCUUUACCAAGUUGCCUGAUCCUUGAGAAGAAUGAUUUUGCUAUUUUUCCAAUGAUGCAGCAUUCUGGCAAACACAUCAGUAAUUAUAGAUACUUGAUCAUAUUUGAUAAAUUAUUUAAUAUGCCAUACUGCAGGGCAAAGGAUAAAAUCACAAUGUAUACAAGUUUUAUUUUUUAUUACUAUAAUUUAUUUGCACCAUUGUAGAAAAUGUUUAUUUGCAACCCUCAAACUACACUCUACUAUAGCCUUUGAUGAUUAUUUAUGAAGGUUUAUUAGUUGUCUGUAAUUCCUCAGCUUUUCUGUGACAUGUUUCUCUACUUCAUCAAAUUAAAUGCAAAGCAAAACUAUCAAUGCAAAGUCACAAUAUUGCAAUCCUAUUUCUUCAGGAUAACUACACCAAAGAAAUACUCUAGCAAUUUAGCAAUAGACAUCCACAAAGUUGGGAGGCUUGAAAGAGCCAAUCGAAGCUGCAAAGGCCGAGAUAUCCUGACUUUUUAGCCUCUAGUAUGGGUCAAGCUCUAAAAACACUGGAUCCUACACUUCCCAUAAUGCAACUUACUAGCAACUUUCAUUAGACUUUCCCUGGCUGGUAAACGCUCACGUCUUUCAAAGUCCAUUCCCCAGUGUGUAAUGCAGACUUUUUGUUAAAGACU